AUGGUACCUCUACAUGGACAAACAUUGGCAAGCUUCCAAGAAAGCAUGUACUUCAUUCACUACAUUAUAAUUGAUGAAAUGAGCUUCAUUGGUCCAAAGUUAAUACAACGCAUUGAUAUUAGGUUACGUGAGGCAUUCCUUGCCCAUAACCAACUCCAAUUUGGAAGACGCUCAAUCAUUCUCUUCGGUGACCUGGGCCAACCACCACUUGUCAAGGACAUACCUACGUAUACUUCAACUUCAUAUGGAGGGACAUUAUGGCAUAGCUUCAUAACAGUUAUAAAAUUGAAAAAAAUAUUUCGCCAAACUAGAGAGCAACCUGCUCAAAUUGCCUUUCGUGCACUUCUCUCCAAUUUACGAAAUGCAGAACGUACAAUUGGAGACUGGAAACUUUUAAUGUCUCGGUCAAAUUCAACGCUUUCUUCUGUAGAGCAAUCUAUAUUCUUAUCAUCCACACACCUAUUUGCAACAAAUGAAAUGGUAUCAUUACAUAACAAACGCAUGUUGUUGUCUAUGGGAAAACCUAUUGCCCUUUCUACUGUAGAACAGCUCAGGGGAUUCACAUGCACAAUUCCAGAUGAGGAACAACUUGAAUCUAAGAUCCCCUUAUGUAUUGGCCAAGAAGUUAUGUUAUCUGUAAACUUGUGGGUGGAAACAAGACUUGUCAAUGGUGCACUUGGACAAGUCAAAGAAAUUGUAUAUAAUGGUGGUGAAAUACCACUUGAACUUCCCUUAUUUGUUGUUGUUCAAUUCAAAAAUUACAUUGGCCCAAUUUGGGACCACAACAUCCCAAAAAAUAUCCCUCUUGUUCCAAUUAGUCGUGGUCUUUGCCGUCAACUACCACUAAAAAUGGCAUGGGCCUUAACAAUUCACAAAGCACAAGCCCUCACACUUCAAAGAGAAACAAUUGACAUCGGCAAUACUAAUCACCAAGGGCUCACAUUCAUAGCAAUUUCAAGGGUCUAUGACCUUACAAGUCUUCGCAUACACCCUACAUUCAUGUUCCAAAGAUAUUCACAUAUACAACAUAGUCCAUAUGUUGCUCGACGAAAACAAGAAGAGGAAUGA